AUGGCUCUGAGCACGUUCUUCGCGGGGGGCGGCGACCCCUUCGGUGAUGUCUUCGAUCCGUUCCGGUUGGUGGCGUUCCGCCCGGACACGGGCGACCAGACUGGCAACAAGCUGUCGGACGACGCGCGCGCCAUCGCCAACACCAAGGUCGACUGGAUUGAGAAGCCUGACAAGCACGUGAUCCAGGUCGACCUGCCGGGGGUGGCCCGGAACGACAUCAACGUGACGGUGGAGGACAACAACACCCUGGUGAUCAGCGGCGAGCGGGUCAAGGAGGACCGCCAGGAUGACGACAGAGUGCACCGCUACGAGAGGGUCGUCGGCCGCUUCCUGCGCAGGUUCAGGCUCCCUGACAACGCUGACGUCAGCAAGAUCACGGCCAAGAUGGACCAAGGCGUGCUCAAGAUCGAGAUCCCGAAGAAGGAGAAGCCCAAGGAGGAGAAGAGGAACGUCCAGAUUGACUACGGCAGCGGCAGCGGCGGCGGCGGCGGCACCGGCACCGGCACCACCCACUGA